AGCGGAAGAAAAGGGGUCAUCUUUCUUCACCGGAAAAAAAAAUGGAGUGCGCCGGAAAGGGAAGCCGAACCCCAUGCGGCGGCCCUCCCACCAGACUCUGCCACCGCUGCCGUGCCGUCGCCUACUGCUCCCUCUCUCACCAGGUUUCGCACAGAACUUCGCACAAGAGAGAGUGUGAAAGGUUAGAACAGCAAAUGAAGCGCUCUGGUGUUCUGAAUGAUUUCCCUUUCACAUUUACUCAAACAGCCACUCAAAUUCAGGAGACAACGUGUUCCUUCUUAGCAGGGCAUGGAAUUCACCACCUAGGAAUGUGGAUGUGUGAAUGCAGCUGUGGAAUCUCAUCUACUUUUGAUAAUCUAAGGUUAACUAAUUGUUGGAAUCUUCCAAGUGAUCUAUGUCCUUGUAAAGGACCUUCCUAUCCGAAACCCGAAUGUAUGUCGACUUGGAAGGACUACUAUGAAUGGAGGUGCAUCCCUCUUUCUAGUCCUGCUGCUUUACUUCUUCAUUGGCCACUGACUGUAUAUUGGGCUAUUCAGCUUGCAACUAUUAAAAACUUGCUUCCUCAAAUCAGUAACGAGCUGCGGAUACAUUACCUAGGACCGGAAAAAGAACUACUUCAGCUGGCAGUCUUUGGAGAACUGCAAGCACUUUUUCCUGGGGUAAACGUGCACAUAGACCUUAUUGGACCAGCAAUUCAGCAUCUCAGGGAUGGUGAAAAGACUGAUCUGUACACCUACGCUAAAUGUAACGAGCCGGACUGUGAGUGUAAAUCUACUUUCGAGAGUCACAUAGAAAGGAAAACGAAUUGCCAUUCGCGUGCAAUCACAUUACAGCUUCACGCAGGUUUUUACCACGAUUGUUUCGGAGAAUUAAUUAAGGAUUCUCCUCCUCAUAUAAUCAUAGCCCCAAAUGCCGGCAUAGCUGCCUACACAAGCUGGUUACCUACUCUCGAAGUAAUAAGAGAGAUUAAAGUUCCGGUAGUUUUUUCCGAUUACUGUGAAGAAGCUUCGCAUCUGGCUGCUGCUUGUAUAACCUCUGUCACAGGCGCUCCUCCCACAAUUCAAAUUCAGAUAAAUCCAUUCAGGCAGCCCAUUCGAGUGGAAGAAAGUGUUCUGCAUCUCCCCUGCUAUCCCAACUGCUUUCUCUUCGGCUUUUGAUUUUUCAGUUUGUAAAACUUUGUUUAUUUGUUAAUUAAACAUGAUUUUAAUUAUUAUUAAAGCUU